CCAACAGUUUAGUGCUCAAAGGAGGUAAAAGUGAGAGUCUGCUGCUCCUCAAUCAGUCUGGACUCAAACCUUCAACAGUUGCAGACGUCCUCUGUCCCGAGUCCCAUCUUUUCCGUCAUGAAGAGCAAAGUGUGCCUGGUGAUCUGGGCAUGGGUGUGUUGCGUCACACCAGCCUCCUGCUGGCACGACCUCGACAACAGCGAAUAUGACUGUUGGCCUCUGGACCAACCCAAUGAGUCCAACAUGAUCAGCUGCGGAGGUCUGGAAAUGGCGUGGGUGCUGCGGCCUCCGGAGGCGGUGAAGAGCGGCCAGGUGUUCAAUGUCAUCUACUCAGUCUCUGCCCACGACUCCUUCUAUAACUGGGCCGCCGACAACCGCAUUUUCCCUCACAGGUCCAUCAGCAACGCCGACGACGCUCGGUGGUUCUGUGAAUAUCACGAGUGUCCCGCGAACUGGAAAGAUGCCGACGGUGAAAACUGCUGCAUUCAUCACGCCAACAUCCACUCCUGCCCGCUGGGACACAUGACGUCAGAGAGCAUUUGCGGUCCGUGGAUUCCUGACGACGGAAAGAUCUUCACACACACCAUCUCCACAUCGGGCAAGAUGACGCAGACCAACUGGAGCGCCAAGGUGGUUCUGUUCCACGCGGGCCUGACUUCACUCAUCGCUCACAUCCGAGUAGGUCGCAUGCAGGUGGCGUUGGAGGCCAAGAGCACGGUGUUGCCUUCUGCAGUCUGUGGCGAUGGAGACUGUCAGGAGGAAGAGCUCUGCUCCACCUGUCCUGCGGAUUGCGGCCAAUGUCCCAUGACGCCGUCCACCAAACUGGCCAUCAGCCUGCCACUGAGCCUGCUGAGCCUCUGCUUCGCCCUGACUGUCAUGUGGCUCAGGUACCAGAAACGUCGGCUGCUGUGGGACGAGAGCUGGAUUAUCGACUUUGACCUCAUCAAACAAGAUCAGGACGCGCGUAUGACCAUGGGCAGCAUGAUGAGCGUGGCAGUGGCGCACAGCGACAGCAACGCCAGCUGUCUGACGACCCUCACUUCCUGUGCAGGCCAAGCAGGAAGCAGGAAGACAACCUUCACCUGCACAGGCAUUUAUGACGGCAGGAUGGUGGCCAUCAAGAAGAUUGACAGCAAGUCCUUCUCUCUAUCCAAAACUAUUAGACAGGAAGUCAAACAAGUCAGGGAGUUGGACCACCCAAACUUGUGCAAGUUCAUCGGCGGCUGCGUGGAAGUGCCUAACGUCGCCAUCGUGACUGAAUACUGCCCCAAAGGAAGCCUUAACGAUGUCCUUCUUAACGAGGAGAUCCCACUCAACUGGGGCUUUAGGUUCUCCUUCGCCACAGACAUCGCCAAAGGAAUGACAUACCUUCACCAGCAUCGCAUCUGUCAUGGCCGCCUCAGGUCUGUCAACUGUGUCCUGGACGACCGCUGGGUGUGCAAGAUAACCGAUUACGGGCUGAGGGUGUAUCGCAGGGAGGAUGGGGCGGAGCUUCUCACCACUUAUCGCCAGAGGCUGCAGGAAGUGUACAUGCCUCCUGAGUUUCCCAACGCCAACGUGGAGCCCACUUUGGCUGGAGAUGUGUUCAGUUACUCCAUUAUCCUGCUAGAGAUCGCCACACGCAGCGACCCUGUGCCUGUGGACGAUUCCUGUCUGGAGGGUUCAUGGUGUCCACCUCUGCCCGAGCUCAUCUCCUGCAAAGCCGACAACACCUGUCCGUGUCCCGCCGACUAUGUGGAGCUCAUCCGACGAUGUGGCGCUCACAAUCCCGCCCAGCGACCCACCUUUGAACAAAUAAGGAAGUUUGUCUAUCGCAUAAACCCCAACAAAGUCAGCCCAGUGGACAUGAUGAUGAACUUGAUGGAGAAGUACAGCAAACAUCUGGAGGUGCUGGUGGCCGAACGAACACAAGAUCUGAUGCACGAGAAGCAGAAGACCGACAGACUUCUUUACAGUAUGCUCCCUCGCCAGGUGGCUGACGACCUCCGACAAGGAAAGCAAUCGCAGGCUCAGAGCUAUGUCAGCGCCACCGUCUUCUUCAGUGACAUCGUGGGCUUUACACAGCUGUCCAGCAGCAGUACUCCUUACCAGGUGGUGGACUUCCUCAACAAGCUCUAUACCACCUUCGAUGACAUCAUCGACAACUACGACGUCUACAAGGUGGAAACCAUCGGAGACGCUUACAUGGUGGUGUCGGGCGUUCCAAGUGAGAACGGCAUCCUUCACGCCGCUGAGAUAGCCAGCAUGGCAUUGGAUCUGGUGGGCGUGUGUCGCACUUUCAACAUUCCUCACAAGCCCAACACACAACUCCAGAUCCGAGCCGGCAUACACGCAGGUCCUGUGGUGGCGGGGGUGGUGGGCACCAAGAUGCCUCGCUACUGUCUGUUUGGAGACACCGUCAACACGGCGUCCCGAAUGGAGUCCACCAGCCUGGCACUGAAGGUCCAGUGUAGUGUGAGCGUCUUUUACCUGCUGGAGGAGAUCGGCGGCUACGUGUUGACAUGCAGAGGAACACUGCAUGUCAAGGGGAAAGGUGACAUGGUGACCUACUGGCUGGACGGGAAGACGUCUGACAUCAAGCCCGCUAAAAGCGUCACUUUGGAGACAUCCAAAGAGCUAGCCUUGUCGCUGCCGGGCUCGCUGAACCACGACCUUCAAACCACCGCCACCUAGGUGUUAGCAGUGAGCCUUAGGACAGGCUUAUACAUGCAUAAGCACCCUCAAACUGUAGCAUUGACCAUGAUUUGAGGGCAACAAGAUGGCUGACACACGGUCCUGAUCAUUAUUAUGUCCAUUGUUGUCUCUACUGAAUUUUGUAAUGCUGAUAACAAUGAUCAUCAUAAUACUGUCACUUACUGUACAUCUUAGUUUUGUAAUGAACAUUAUUUUCAUUUCCUUCAAGUUAAACACGGUAGGUCUAAUUUACUAAAAUACAAAUACCACAUGCUAAAUAACGUGUGCAAACUAUAAAAUUGUGUGUACUAUUAGUGGGCGUGUUGCAGGUGAUCUACUAACAUACUUGCCAACCAACCUGAAUUUUCCGGGAUACUCCCGAAUUUCAGUGCCUCUCCCAAAUAUCUCCCGGGACAACCAUUCUCCCGAAUUUCUCCCGAUUUCCAGCCCGACCUGAGUGAAGACAACCUGUCAUCACGUCCACAUUUCCUCCAUGUAAAAAGCGUUAUAACAUCUGAGGCUUUUGGAGAGUGCACAACUGCACACACAACAAGGAAACUAUUAUAUAUGUCUCUGUUAUCCAUAGGUUAUCUAUAACCCAUAAAGUAGGCAGGCACAGAGCUAUUUCACAGCGUGUGUUUAUUCCGGCCGGCACUUUAAUACACUGACACACAACAUCCAGAAUCCCAUCCUGCAUUGCUUCAAAACUAUGGCAAGUAGGAAUGUCCAAAAAAAGAGAGUAACAGAGAAUAGAACGAAGAUGGACAAUCCAACCCUAAACUCACUCCUUUCCUGCAAAUUAAAUGUCAAAGAUGCUGCCCAUACCUACGCUCCUUCAAAGGCUUUGCUACUGGCUGCAAAGCAUUGCACUUUCAAAUACAACAAACAGUAGAGAGGAGUGUUAUGUGUGUAUAUGUGUAAAUAAAUGAACACUGAAAUUCAAAUAUUUCUUAUAUACAGUG